AUGGGCAACAUCUGCGGCAAGACCGAAUCAGAGCCCGACGCUCGCGCCGGCCGGCGCCUCGGUUCCGCUCCGCCCACAGGUCCCAAGACGGCUCCCGUCCCCAAGAAAGUCGGCGGCCCUCCGCGAACCCUCGGCUCAGGCGGCGGCGGCGACUCUGGCAGCGACCCGGGCGAUGCGCGAAGGAAAGCUGCCGAAGCUGCCGAGGCCCGCGCAAAGGCAUCUUCCAAAGGCGGCAAGCUCCAGUCGCAGCUCAACGCGCAAAAGAAGCAAAACAGAUCGAGCGCCCUCGCGGAGGCGAGCAACCAGGAGCUUCUCGCCAGGGAAGCUGACGCGGCUGCCCAGGCGCGCAACUGGGAGUAG